ACAGAGGUGGUGGUGGUGUUUUAUUUCGCGAUGAAAAUGUAAAAUGGACAUAUCUCCCUCCCCGAGGAGUAAGGAUUUUGCUAGUGCACCAACUGCAAGUGUGAAUGAUUCUGCACAUCAUCCGGGAAUUGAAGAAAAGCUGACAAAAUAUGAUGGUGCUAUGGUUCUUUAUGAUAAAUAUGUGAAUAGGAUCAUAUCUCCCUCCCCGCUAAAGAAGGAUUUUGCUGGUACACCCACUGCAAGUGUUAAUGAUUCUGCACAUCAUCCAGGAACAAAAGAAAAACAAACAAAAUGGGAUGGUGCUAUGAUUCUUUAUGAUAAAUAUGUGAAUAAGAUCAUAUCUCCCUCCCCGCUAAAGAAGGAUUUUGCUGGUACACCCGCUGCAAGUGUUAAUGAUUCUGCACAUCAUCCGGCAAUUGAAGAAAAGCAUACGGAAGAACAUGAUGAGAGAGUAGUAUUUCAAGCAGCAGUACAGGAUCUUUCUCAGCCAAAAGCAGAGGCUAAUUUGCCCGAUGGGCUUUUCACUGUUCCUCUCUUGAAACACCAGAAAAUAGCCUUGGCAUGGAUGGUUCACAGGGAGACAACAAAACUGCCAUGUUUAGGUGGAAUUCUAGCAGAUGAUCAGGGGCUUGGUAAGACUGUAUCCGUAAUUGCUCUUAUACAAUAUCAAAGGUAUAUCAAGUCGCAAUCAAAAACAGGUGACAAAAGUGAUCAUGGAAUGGGAGAAAGUAAUGACCAGCAUAUGUUUCCUAAUUAUGCUGACCGUUUUUAUAUAAAGAGGCCAGAAGCAGGUACAUUGAUUGUAUGUCCAACCAGUAUCCUUUGCCAGUGGGCCCAAGAACUGGAUGACAAGGUUGCAGAUGGUGCUAAACUUUCUGUUUUGGUUUAUCAUGGAAGCAAUAGGACAAAGGAUCAUGUUAAGUUGGCAAAAUAUGAUGUGGUUCUCACGACAUAUGCAGUUGUAGCUAAUGCAUUUCCAAAGGAGGAUGGUGAAAUUGACGAUGAAGUAGAUGGUAAGAAAAAAAAUGAUAUUUAUUCGACAGGGUGCACAAGUGAUCCUCUAGCUAAGGUGGAGUGGCUCAGAGUGAUAUUAGAUGAAGCUCAGUGCAUAAAAAACCACAGAACCCGGUCCGCUACCUCUUGCUGUGGUCUCCGAGCAAAAAGUAGAUGGUGUUUGUCUGGAACUCCUUCACAAAACAAACUUGAUGAUCUUUACAGCUACUUCAGGUUUCUGAAAUACCAUCCAUAUUCUUACUAUUCAAAGUUUAGUUCUUCGCUUAAGUCGGUGUCCAGAACCGGAUGUUACAAGAAACUUCAAGUAGUUCUCAAGACCAUACUACUACAUCGUACAAAAGACACGUUGAUCGACGGCAAGCCAAUUGUUACUUUACCACCCAAAUCCAUAUCCUUGAUGAAGAUAGAGUUGUCUACUGAGGAGCGGUCCUUUUAUUCACAACUAGAAGCAAGAUCAAGCUCCCAGUUCAUGGAAUACGAUAGAGCCGGUACAAUUAACCGAAACUACGCGAAUAUUCUGGUGCUGCUUUUGUAUCUUCGCAUGGCUUGUGAUCACCCUUAUCUUGUUGAUAAACCACCUCAUAAACCUGUUGAUAAGACUUCUCUAGAGAUGGCAAGGAAACUCCCGAGGGAUACACUGUGUAAAUUCUUUAGUUUGUUGGAGGAUUCUUCAGCAGUAUGUGGUAAAUGUAAGGACACACCUGAGGAUGCUGUUGUUACAACUUGUGGCCACGUCUUCUGUCAUCAGUGUGUAGCUGAACAUUUAGUGGGAGCUAGAAAUUUGUGCCCUGAAUUCGAUUGCAAGGUCCAUCUUCGUUCUGAUCUUGUAUAUUCUAAGGCAACUUUAAGCAGAUUUUUUCCUUCUGAGCCUACUAAUAAGGCAACAAGUUCUUUGAAAGUUAUCGAGAACUCUGCAGUUCUACAGCGUUCAUACAAGUCUUCCAAGAUCAAAGCUGCUCUUGAGAUUCUAAAGUCCAAUAGCAAAUCUUCACUUUCUUCAGGAGAUUGUAGCGUUGCAACCCCUGUGAAGACUAUUGUUUUCUCACAGUGGACAUGUAUGCUGGACUUGAUGGAGAUUUCACUGGACGAGUCUGGUAUAAGAUUCAAGAGAUUUGAUGGAACAAUGACACUGGCUUUAAGAGACAAGGCUGUGAAAGAUUUUAUUUCUAACCCUGAGGUGAAUGUCAUUUUGAUGUCACUAAAAGCAGGAAACUUAGGCCUAAACUUGGUUGCUGCAUGUCAUGUUAUUCUUUUGGAUCCUUGGUGGAAUCCAACUACUGAAGAUCAGGCCAUUGAUCGAGCUCAUAGGUUAGGCCAGACUCGUCCUGUUACUGUUUCAAGAUUAGCAGUUAGUGAAACGGUGGAGGAUAGAAUAUUCAAACUCCAGGAAGAAAAGAGGGAAUUGGUUGCAUCUGUGUUUGGGGAUGGUAAAUUUGGGGGAUCCGCUGCUCGGCUUACAGUUGAUGAUCUCAGAUUUCUAUUCGGCUUCAGGGUCUAAAGGUGGUCAAGCUCAUCCAUCUCUCUG